GCAGAAUCACAUUUAAGAUAGCAUUCGAUUCUGAAUUCUGAUAUCAGCUGUGAUCCAUAGCAUUAGAAUUUGCAUUGUUUAAAAAUGACGUUAAUUUCCAAGAAAUCUUGAUACGUGAACUUUUGAGACAUCAUGAUUAAAAUUUUACUAUGUUUGACUUUUCUAUCAGUCAUUGGACUGUCAAUGGCUCAAAUGCCAAGGAACAUACCGAAACCAACGAAUCCUUAUGGGCCAAAACCAGGUAGACUUCAAUGCGGUUUGAAGACCUUUUUCACCUAUCACGGUAUAGUACCUCAAUGUUUCGAUCAUGUCCCCAACAAGACGUGCAAUGUUACAUACAUGAUGGAUGUUAAAAUCGAUCCUGGUUUCGAUUACGACCAGUUCGAGAUCCAAGGCGAGCCCAUGAUCACUUGGGAGGCGGAUAACAAUACCCAUUAUUUAAUGCUCAUGAUGGGUUGGACUACUUGGUACACAUAUAUUGUCCCCUCGACACCGAACGAUUUGCUAUUAAAUACCGAUGAAAAUGAGUGGAUCCAGUGGUUAGUUUAUGAUAUACCUGGUAUGAAGAUACGAAAAGGGAAGACUUUCUAUCAAUAUAUGGAAUUGCAACAGCCACCACAUUAUUGGAAACACACGUACGUCUUUGCCAUAUUCAAACAACAUCAAGGCAAACUGAAAGAUUUCAUUCCUCCCAGAUUACUCAGAAUGGGUGAUCACGAAUUCACCAAAGUGAAAGAGUUCCUCAGAGCAAACAAAUUGCGUGAUCCGGUUGCUGCGAAUAUAUUCAAUUAUCGAUUCAUGCCCGAUGAAUUCGGUCCGAAUAUUGGCCCCUCGUCUACAUUGGAUUCCCAAUUUUGGGCCGAAAAACCGACGCCUAUUCCAUACGAGCAUAUACAGUUCGAUCCAUAUCGCAAGGAUUAUUCGGUCGAGACGGUGGAAGUUUAAAUUUUCAUCAAUUAUGAUAAAAUCGAAGCUGUAAAAUAGUUAGGUAACUCACUUCUUCUGUGGUUUUUCUUUUCAAAAAAAAAAAAAAUGUGAUAAAAGCAAAUCUGUAAAUAAAUUGCUUUUUCAACGUU